GGGGUGUACUCACUUUUGUGAUACACUGUAUGUGUAAAUCGGAGCUGGAGAUCAGAGAAGAAGUUAAUGUAAAUGACUGCCGUUAAUCAUUUUCUAAUUGCUGAUGUAGUACACACAUUUACUCCUCCAACGUGAAAUGAUUUACAACUAUUUGCAUGGCUGUAGUCCUGUUCUUAUGAUUCUGAAUAAAAGCAGACACAGAUGAGAACAGAUCAUUUUCAUUUUCCUGCUAUCCUGUGUGGAGCUAACGGAAACACAAUGGCACACAGGAGGACCUAUACUCCUUUGCAAGUGUUGGAGUUACUGAAUGCUAUUGAUGACUGCGAGUCAGAUGGAGGAGAGGUACUAACUUUGGAUGAAGUAGCUCAUUCUGACACCGAGUUCAGCUCAGAACUGUCGACAGAUGGGGAUAGCAAUGGUAAAUCUGAUGAAGAGCUUUGCAGCCUUCCCAGAAAGAAACGUUUGGGAGCAGAGAACAAGACACCUACACCAAGCUUGAAAGGAAAGGAUGGGACAGUUUGGAAGACGGUAGAUGCUAAACCCCUUCUGCAGAAUGAAUUCAGCACAGAUGUUACUUUCCAUGAGAGAGCAGGACCCACAGAGUAUGCCAAGCGGAGGAUAACGAGUAGACUCCAGAGCUUUCUGUGUUUGUUCAGCAUGGAGAUGCUCCGGAUCAUCACAGACUGCACCGUCCACGAAGCCCGGAGAACAAACGAAUGCUGGCGCCUUUCUGUCAGUGAGCUAAUGGCCUUCAUAGCAGUUCUGUUUCUUCGAGCAACGCUCUGCCCAAUUGGUGCGAUGAUAGAGUCUUGGUCAGAAAAUUAUGCCGUGCCUGCAAUCAAGGAGACGAUGUGCCGUGACCGCUACAAAGAAAUCAUGCGGUAUUUGCGGUUUGACAACAAAGACACCCGUGCUGAACGUGUGAAGACCGACAGAUUUGCUGCAGUUUCGGACAUCUGGCAACGUUUCAUAUGUAACUGUCAUCUGUGUUAUGUACCGGGACAACACAUUACUGUCGACGAGCAGCUGUUUCCCACCAAGGUCCGCUGUCCAUUCACGCAGUACAUCUCAACUAAGCCUGAUAAAUUUGGCAUAAAGUUCUGGAUUGCUGCAGACUUGGAGACGAAGUAUAUGUGCAACGGCAUUCCAUAUUUAGGAAAGGACCCCAGUCAUCCCAAGGGUGAAAGACUGUCUGAGAAUGUCGUCAUGAAGCUCAUGGAGCCAUUUCUGGGCAGAGGAAGAACUGUCACCAUGGACAACUUCUUCACAUCUAUGGCACUGGCUAACAGACUGCUGAACCAUAACACAAGUCUGCUCGGCACAAUCAACAAAAUUAGACGGGAGAUUCCCCCUCCAGCAAAAAGUGCCAAGGGCCGGGCUGAAUUGUCCACACAAGUUUAUAAAUCUGGCAGUGCCACACUGACAGUGUAUGUUCCUAGGAAGAACAAGUUGGUCUGCGUUCUCAGCACCAUGCACCAGCAUGUGCUAGUUGGAGAUGAGCGCAAACGGAAACCAAACACUAUUACAGAUUACAACUCCAUGAAGUGUGGUGUCGACAUAAUGGACCAGAUGGCGCGUGUGUAUACGGUACGUGCAGCCACACGCAGGUGGCCCGUUGCCGUAUUUUACAACAUGCUUGACCUAGCAGCGAUGAACGCGUAUGUGUUGUACAAAGCAUGCACCAGGUCCACCGAAAGCAGAAGAGAUUUUAUACAUGACCUUGCACUGGAACUUCGGCAGCGUUUUAUGCUGGGAAAGGUUAUGACACAAAAGCAACAUCCGUCGCCUGUUCCUGGAAAGACGACGCAGUGUCAGGUGCAGACGCUCUGCGCUAGAAACCGCAGCACAAAACAGUGUGGAGUUUGCAACAAGUACACCUGUCGCAAAUGUAGAACUGAGAAGAACUGGGGAAUAGAGCAGAUUAAAGUCCUGGGAAGAAACCGGAACAACCGAAACCUCACAAGGACAACUGGAGAACAUGUAAAACUCCACACAAAGAGGACCUUGGCUAUUUGGCUGGAGAAUCGAACCGAAGCCCUUUUUGCGGUGAGGCGACAGUAAUACACACUGCAACACCUAAUAAUUGUUCAGUAGAGGUUAAACAGAACUGUUAGAUGCAGCAUGUUGUUGUUCAUGUGGUAAGAUUUAUAAAACGUAAUUCAACAUAAAAUAAACAUCGUUAACAAAACUGUUACAAAAACCUGAACUGAAAUCCACAACUGCAUUAAUGUCAGAUAUUUUAUUUACGUGGGAAUCAAUACAAUAUAUCUGAUUUAUUUAUAGCAACUAAUGCAUUUACACAAUAACUCAUUUAUUUUUGUUUCAUAUCUUAUUACUUCAUUAUUGCUUCAUACUAAAACAAGGCUGUUGUAUAAACUUGUGUUG